CUUGACUUUUCAGCUUCAGAGAUAACCCGAAAUAAUCGCGCAAUGACCGUUCCAUGGAGUUUGCUGUCGAUUCUGGGUUUGAUCUGUUAUUCAGACUCGAGGUGCUCUCCCACAUCUUACUACAAAAGCUGCUGGAUCCGCAGAUAUCCAGGACUGUAUGUGGAUAUAGAGGAAUCACAACGCAGAGGAGCCCAGAUCCUGAAGGUGUAUCAAGAAGAGACUGCUUUAAAAUGCAGUAGAGCAUGCUGCCUGACACCAAACUUCUCCUGCAACCUGGCUGUAUUUCAUUACAACACCACUCAGGACAGUAUUAACUGCUUUCAUCUGCAAUGCCCAACCAUUGAGAGCUGCAUUCCACACCAUAGAGGAAAUGUCAUCCUCUAUAAUGUUACUAAAGGUGUUGAUCCUGACCUGUUGGUGUUUGGGAAGCAUUUCACCACCAAUGUGCGCGUGCUGCCUCACAUGUCGUCUUCGCGGCUCAAUGUUUCAGAACCUCUGACAUCUGACAAGCGUCAUUUCAACUAUCCACCCAACCCUCCUGUCCGGUCUAUCAGUCCUGCUUCUACCAGUACGAAAAAACCAACAACCCCCCCAAAAACCACUCGCUCUAUUCCAGCUUUGCGUGAUGCUUAUAAUCGCCUCCUUCAAUGUACAACAAAACAGGAGACUACAACAGCUCAAAGCAUCUCAAAACAAGUUAUAUUAACUUCUUUGCUGCCUAAAAUGGUCGAACAGACUUCUAUGUCAACAAAUCUGCUUCAUAUGACAAAAACCCCAGACCAACUCAAUACAAGCAUUAAUGACACUUUAAACGACCACAGUAGUCCAAACAUAUCCCAACCGAGCUCCACAAUGGCUACUGCGACACCCAUUCCAAUGAUUGAAUCUCAAACCAUAUCUACAUCCAGAACCACAACUUCCCAACAACCUUUGGGAUUACAAACUACAGUUCAAAGCAGCACUCUCGCAAAGACUACAAACUCUAUGACAACACCUUCUCAAAACACAACACAAUCCACCACUCAAAUCCCAACAUUUACCCAACAACCUCAAUUUUCUACAGAGCAAGCUACCUCGCAAUCAAAGAUCACAUCUGCCAUGUUGGAAGACUAUUCACAAACAAUAGCGGCAACAGCUAAUUUUGAGACAACUUUUGCCCAGACUGCAAAGUCUUCACAAUCCGAAGACUCAAUGACCAUGAAGUCUGUAACAGCAACAAAUGUGCCUUCACAAACUAAGGUAUACGAGACUUCUACAUCGCCUCUACGAAACACAAUCCAAACUACUAAUCCAUCUCAAACAAUUGCUUUCCAACCCAAAGAAACAACUACCAGUGAUACAAGCACCUUGAUGAUGUCAACCUGCACCAGCCCAACAAUAACCAUUGACAAUCCAACAACAAUCAAACAUUUGACCCAAAGUUUUACCAAUGGCUUUAGGGGUGAUUCGGCAACCACCAGUUACACAAGCACUUUAAAGACUUCAACCACCACAAACCCUACAACCAUCAUUGAUGCUUCAACAAUGACCAUCCCAACAACAACCAUUGAUGCUUCAAUGAUGACCAUCCCAACAACAACCAUUGAUUCUUCAAGAACGACUAGAUAUUUGAUCCAAAGUUUAACCAACAACUAUAGGGGCAACUCUGCAACCACCAGUUACACUAGCACCUUAAAAUUGUCAACCACCACCAUCCCAACAACAACCAUUGAUGCUUCAACCACCACCAUUCCAACAACAACCAUUGAUGCUUCAACCACCAUCCCAACAACUAUUGAUGCUUCAAGAACGACCAGACAUCUGACCCAAAGUUUAACCAACAACUAUAGGGUAAAUUCGGCCUCCACCAGUUACACUAGCACCUUAAAGUUGUCAACCACCACCAUCCCAACAAUAACCAUUGAUGCUUCAACAAUGACCAGACAUUUGACCCAAAGUUUAACCAAAAACUAUAGAAGCAAUUCGGCAACCACCAGUUACACUAGCACCUUAAAGAUGUCAACUCCCACCAGCCCAAAAAUAACCCUUGAUGUUUCAAAAACUACCAGACAACUGACCCCUAGCAUUACCCAAACUCACAUGGGCAACACUGCUACCACAAAAAGUUUGGGUUUCUCUCUAACUGCCCCUAACAGCAGUAUGGUAGACAGUCAACAGAACCCCAACGACACCAAGGGUUACAUCGGUCGUAAUAUUACUACUAGUGACACCCCUCGACCUAUUGGGGAUGGAAGUUUGACGUCAGUUUGGCAUUUGGCAGCCAACACCGUACUGGUGGCCUUGGCUACCUGUGCAACCAUAACAUUUGGCUGUUGUUGCUCGGUGUUUGUAGCUCUGAGCUGGCGAGGUCGUAAAAGACGCAUGGGUAGGUACAGGACAAAUCUGAGGGGCAAAAGAGGCUCUAUGAGACUUGUCAAAUAUGUCAUUGUAAGAGAGAGCUCGUGAAGUAGAACUGUUUGAUUGCAUGGUCAUGUUUCGUAGAUGCUGCUAACGUUUAAUAAUUUGGGUUAAGCCAAACUGAAGGUAAGAACUGAAGUUGGGAGUUUUAAAGAAUAUAGUUGGAUCACUUUCAAAACCACGAGAUGAUUGUUCACAUUAUAACCUGGCUCCUCUAAACACCUUUACAGUUAAGUGCCAUAUAUGGACUUGAAGAUUGUACGCGAUGGUGGAAUCGUAAGAUAUCGUGCGACUUGGCUCGUACGAAAAGGAAUUACAUUUAUUCUCAUAGAGACCAACCAAUCAACAAAGGGAAUUAAAAAUCGAUACAACACAGGCAUCACAUUUUUGCUAGCCUAAAUUUUGGCUUGUGACGAAAUCGUAAGACGCUCAUUGAAAAUCCAGAUGUUUCUUUUUCUCUUCCAUAUUGAAAUAAUGGUUAGGUUUACCGUUUGUUUAAGAGGUUAGAUUUUAUGGUUAGGUUUAGAUUCGGUUAGGGGUUAAACUUUGUAAUAAAAUUGUUUGUUGGUUUCUCUAUUGUAGCACAAAUUUUACAUUUUUGGACAGACCAACUUGUACCAUUUCGCCAUUUCGUACUAUUAUUAUGACUCGUCAUGAGACUGAAUUGAGAGUGAACUUUGAUGUCCCAGGAUUCAAAUAACUAUUUUUCAAAUCAUACAGUACAAAAACAAAACUGAUUACAAAGAUUUAUUUUUUCAGUUGUAAGGAUGGAUUUUUACGGUCUGCCACUGCACAAUUUCUAUACCUUUUUACGAUUGUAAAUGUUCUAAAUUUAUAAAGAUCUUGUUUUAUAAACUGAUUACAUGAAUGUAUGCAUUUUUCAGAAGUAUUAGUGAAGACCAGUCUUUCUUGGAUGGUCUUUGUCAUGUGAUUUUUAAAAUUUCAUUAAAAAGAUGUAUUAUAAUUGUAUUAUGCCUUUACAAAUGUCACACAGCCAACGUUUUUUAUUUUUGAUUAAUUGCUUUAAAUGGCUUACUUUCUUCCAUCAUGUAACACAAGUAGUCAAAUGUUCAAGCUGCUCUUUGCUAUACUAUAUAAGUGAAUGGGUAUGGAUGGUUCAAACUUCAAAAAUCCACCAAAAAGUUAUAGAAGUAGUCCAUAUGACUUGCACGCUAUAUUUUAUCACUGUGUAUUUCUCACUGUGAAAAUGGCGAUAGUAGGUCAAAAGUUUUGCAGCUGAAAUCGAUCGGUGUUUACUGAAAUUUUAACAUCUCCCCCAGUGGCCAAAGCUGGAAGUGUUGUUUAACAAAACGUGAAUGUGAAAUGUACAUAGAGUAGCAAAAGCGAGUUGUAUUUUUAGCUUAAAUGAUGUAAUAAAGUUAAAAGUCAUUUUUGGAGCCCAACAGCACCUGUAUCCCAUUCACUUUCAAAAUAUGGAAAAGAGGAGCUCGGAUAUUUUGCUUUUUGAGUGAACUAUUCCUUUAACGCUUCAUCAGUGCUGGAAAACUAUCCAUCAGAUUUAUCAUAUUGCUUGCUAUUUGGCAAGUGGCAAACUGUAGCACUGAAAUUCAGAUACAAUUGAGCAAAUAUCAACUCUUAUUGGACACUAGCCCACCAAUCGAGAUCACCUGACAUUCAUUUUAAGCAGUCUGACGGUGGAUUUCAAGCAAGACAGUUCACAAGCUCGGUUUUGUUCUUAAAAGGCAGUUGGUUGUUAAGUGCUUUUAGAUGCGCACGACUGCUGCCACCACUUCCAAAUGGAAAAGGCCGGAAGCUCUCCCUGAGGAGAUUGGUUUCUCCUUUCCCACAAGUGACAGCUCAGAGCAGGAACUAAUGGACUGGUGAGGUAUUUUUACCUGACGUUUACUCAAAGCGCCCUUUCAGAGCGCCACUGGUUAAUGGCUCAUGAUGCACAUUCGAGGGAUUGUUUUGGGCUGGUGUGAGUGGAGUGGGUUUGAGUGUAAUGUUCUAGUGGUUAUUGUUACAAGAGAUGACCCAAAUUAUUCAACCAGCACAGUAUGAUAUCUAAAGGAAACAGUUCACCCAAAAAUUGUAUUUGUUGUCAUUAUUGUCAUCGGAAAUCAGAUGUACCUGCAGGAUUUCAUUAAUCAUAUCUUUAUUGGUUUUACACAUUUAACACAUUGUAUACAUGUAACUGAACUUUUCCGCAGCUCGAACAGGUGGCAGUGUAAGUAAUACAAAUAAAAGUACAAUCACAAAUACAUGGUAGUGUAUAGCACAUGUUCCUUAUCAUAGCCUAGUUAAUUACACCACCACACUUCCAAAUACUCUUCAAUGUCACCAUUAUUACAUUUCAAAAACACCUCCCAGAUGUCCUAAAUUGCCGGAGCUGUUUUCCUCACUGCAUAAAUGAGUUUCUCAAGAGCCAAACUUGAUAUUACGUUUUCAACCUUUGUCCAAAGGAGGGAGGGGCAACUAACAUUCUUCCAACACAAGUCAAUCGAGCAUCUAGCUUGCAAUAGACAUAGGUCAACCAUUUUCCUUUCUAUAUUAGAGAGAGAACAGUUGUCUGGCUAAAUGCAGUUUAGGACUUAAUGGUACUGGAGAAGAGGUAGUUUGAGAGAUAUAGCGAAUCACGCACCCCAACAUUUUUGCUUCUCCUCACAUUCCCACAAGCAUUGAAAUAAAGUACAAGGUACUUAUAAUUAUUGCACUUGUAGGAUUGAUCAGGAAUACCAGAAUCAAAUUGAUUUAACUUCACAUGAGUGAUGUGCAUUCUCAUUAUCCAAUGAUAUUGUAUUAAUCUCAGUCGAGUAUUGAUGGUUUUGGUUUGUGCCUUUGAACCAAUAUAUUGUAUAAUUAGGUUACCCGCCCUAAACUGAAACCCCCUGUUCAUUCCUAAUUGCAUUUAUGGCUCUUUCUGAGUUAAGUUUCUUAAUUUGUCAGGCUAGCAAUUUACUGGGUUUUUCACCCUGAUCAUAAAAAGUUUGCUUAAGCCCUAACAGACUAUUUUCAGCUUUUUGUGUGGAAAGCUCCUCGUAUUCAGCUUUAAGGGCUAAUCAUUUUUGCUUAGUUUGCACCGAGUUAUCAAGGCUCGCCACUUUCUCCAAGUCUCUGAUUUCUGUGUCCAACUCGUUCAUCUGUUGUAAGAAUUUAAUACAUUUGGAACUGGUGAAGCUGAUCAUUAGAUCUUUGAAAUCAGAGUCCCGUUGCCAUUUAGGGUUUAAGCGCCAUCUAGGGGAGCCUUUGAAUAACUGUGAAUCAUUGGAAAAUAUUGAGGUGGGGAAUGAUCAGACACAACCGUGCUAUCAUAUAUACAUCUAGCUAUAUUAGGUAGCAGAGAAGUGGAAAUUAAAAAAUAAUUAUAUGAGAAUAGGUUUUGGAAGAGUAUGGAAAAACACGAAUGUUCCCUUUUAACUGGAUUUUGCAUCCUCCAUGGGUCCCAUAGGUUCAGAUCUUUCAUGAACUGUUGAAUUUUCUUUCUAUUUUGUGAAUGAGAGGAGUCUAGCCCCAAUGAGCAAUCAAGCUUCGGGUCAAGAGCACAGUUAAAGUCUCCUGCUACUAUUACUGUACCUGGGAGGCAAUCCGUAUAAAAAAUUAGGGAUUAUCAUCAUUCGGACCAUAGACAUUAGCCAGAAUCAUAAUUUUGCCACCAAGUAACUACCAGUACCUGACCUGGCAAUUUCCUUUGUAACUUCAGAAGUUCAUCCAGAAGUAAAUGAGUCUCCUGGAUAAAAACUACAGAGGACUCAAACUGCUUAAGGCUAGUAAUCACAUGGACCUGUUGCUUCGAUGGUGGCUCAGCGGUUAAGGCUCUGGGUUACCGACCAGAAGGUUGGGGUUCAAGCCUCAAAACACCACUGUUGGGCCCUUGAGCAAGGCCCUUGACUCUAUCUGCUCCAGGGGUGCCGUAUCAUGGCUGACCCUGCACUUUGACCUUUACUGGGAUAUGUGAAAGAAAUUAUUUCACUGUAUUCAUUGUAUUUUGCACCAUACGCAAAAACAUUUAUGUAUAACGUGUGACAAUAAUAAAGGCAUUCGGCUUUCUAAAUUAAAAAUAUCAAAAUCCUGCCCAAAACGAAUCCCCUUAGCUGUCAUCCCGAACAGGACAACCAUUCCUAACCUCCUCAUCACAGUGGGGUAUAGUUAUGUGCAAAAACUGAUCCAGUGCAACCAAGGGAGCAACAAAACGUUAUUUUCACCGACAAGCAUUUAUGCAUUAAUCUGAGUAACCACCAUUACAGAACACUCCAUUGAAAUCAACUACUUAGAGUGCAUAUUUAUUACUCACUAAAAGUAUAGGUAACUAUAGCUAUUAGGGUGAUCAAAGGAAAGUACCGCACCCAGUUAAACAAAAUAAAAAUAUCGGCCAACACACAAUAGACUAACAACAUAAUAAAGAUCAACAAUAAACAGUUGUAAACAUGUAAAUGUUACCCUUUGUAUUUAAAAUCAUAUAUUUGUCAACGGACCAAACAGUGUCACUUCUUGCAUGGCGUCGGUGAAUAGGGAAAGGCUCCAUCUUUCCCCUUUAGCUCCUCUGUGCAUUGCUUGUGCGUUGUAAGCCCUGAACGAACUUCUUAGCAUCUGCAGGGGAAGUCAAUUGUCAGACCAAUCUUGCCUGGUAACACUAUUCCAUAGCUAAUGUUCAGGAAUCUUAGUUGUUGUUUUAUCCCGUCGAAAUGCCUCCUUUGCCGGUGUAGCUCCGCCGAAAGGUCCGGGAAAAACCUGACCUCUUGCCUGCCGUAAAGAAUCUUGCCUUUGGCCCUGGCUGCUCGCAUUACUCUGACUUUAUCUUGGAAGUUUAAAAACUUCAUAAUGAGGACUCUUGGAGGAUUGUGUCCAGCCGGGUAGCCUGUGUGCCCGCUCAAUGAUAGGCGGGGUAGGAACGGUUGUGGGCCCAGUGCUUCAGGUAGCUAAACGUUUGAAUCAGACUUUUCAACUUUUUCGGGCAAGUUAACCAGCCUGAGGUUGGAUCUCUGCAAACAGUUUUCUAGCUCAUCGAGUUUCUGUAAGGACAGCCACUCUUUUAACCAACUCUUCAGUCUUGUCUUUCUCUGAAUUAACCACGUCAUCAACAUUGCUAAUGCACUCUUCAUCCAUGUCCAUGCAGCCAGAGAAGUCUUGCACACCCCUCUUAACAUCAUGAAUUGCAUUCAGGAUUGCCUCAAUCUUUGUGGCAAAAUCACUUCUCAUCAUGUCCAGUUUUUGAAUAACAUCCAAGUUUUGGACAGUUCUGGCCAGAGCUCCUUCCGACUGGGGGGCAGUGCUAGCGUUACCUGUUGCGCUAGCUAAGCUGCUGGCGUCCCACUUGUCAUACUCCUCAACUGGGGAAGAGUCAGCUUUGUUCGUAUUUUUCGACAGCAUAAUAACACUUAGUGUACUCUGCAGAGUUAAUACAAACAAUUGGUAUUCGUGCCCAUGUUCUUACCGGAUAAUGUACAGAAUUUUAACCAGGAGCUCACAGAAAGACGUGCGCUUAGUUCAGCAACUAUAUUUUAAGUUGGAUAUGACAUACAAAAAACAACAACAUUAUUACAUCAUAAUAGCACCACAAUGCAUUAUAUUUUAUUGUACAUUUAUG